AGAAGAUUUAGUUUCAUUAUCUACAAAAGGCUCCCCAAAACCAAAACAGAAGCAAGAACAAACAUGAAGCUUGCAGCUCUUUUGGUGGCAACACUGUUGCCAUCAACUAUUGUCUUUGCAUCUCAUCAUUCUUCCUCAGAGGUGGAACCCAACAGUAACUUGCGGAAAGUAGGAACUGCUACUGCUGCAACUACAACAGACACUCCAUGCAUCCAACACGUUGCUGAUUUAGUUGCUGGCCUUCAAAAUGAGAUUAAGCUGUUGAGUACCCACAAUAGUCACAUGCAGACUCAAAUUGACACUUUGAGCAGUCUAGUCAAAUUCAAUACUGCUGGGUUCAAUGAAAAAAUUGAUAUAGUGGAAGCAAAAAUGGAGCAACUCCAGGAUUCUGCCAGUGGCAACAUCAACCUCCAAGGACACCGUCAUCUGGCAGAAACCUUGCAGGAUGUCAUCACAAAGACAGCAUGCAUCAGUGAGGCUAGUGAUGGCACCAAGUUCUGGUUGGACAACAACUGCGUUACAAACUUCUAUGUGUACCCAUGCUUUCCGGACAGAGACACCCUUGAUGCUGCAUUGGAAGACAUUGAGACUGCUGAGGUGACCUACGGGCCAAUCUACAGCUGGUGCUUUGAAGAGAUGUCAAUGAGUGGCCUGUUGUACUCAAGUUUCAAUGAUGACAUUGGUGGCUGGAAUGUAAGCCAAGUGACUGACAUGUAUCAGAUGUUUUACAAUGCUGAAGUCUUCAAUGGUGACAUUUCCAGUUGGGAUGUUGGCAAAGUUACAACUUUCGAGCAAAUGUUUCAUGAUGCCAAUCUUUUCAACCAUUCCCUAGCAGAUUGGAAUGUAAGCCAAGUGACAAGCAUGAAGUCCAUGUUUCGUAGCGCUCUUUAUUACAACCAUGACCUCUCUAGUUGGGAUACUAGCAAGGUGGAAGACAUGUCUUGGAUGUUUUAUAAUGCUUGGGUCUUCAAUGGUGACAUUUCCAAUUGGGAUGUUAGCAGAGUUACAACUAUGGAAGCCAUGUUCUUAAAAGCCCAAGUCUUUAACCGAGACUUGUCUGGGUGGGAUGUCAGCAAGGUGACAACUCUUUAUCGCAUGUUCUUGGUCGCUGAAGAGUUCAACCAAGACAUUUCCAUGUGGAAUGUUAGCCAAGUCCAAAAGACCGAUGCUGUGUUUGCUUAUGCUGCAUUAUUCAACCAAGACAUCUCUAAUUGGGAUGUUAGCCAAGUAACGGACAUGAGUCACAUGUUUUAUUGGUCACAGGCAUUCGCUGGAGAUGUAUCCAGCUGGGAUGUCGCAAAAGUUACAGACAUGAACUCGAUGUUCGCCGGGGCAAAUUUCAACAUUGACCUUUCCAAUUGGGAUGUCAGUCUGGUUACAAGCAUGAAGAAAAUGUUUGAAGACACCUCUUUCAACCAAGAUCUUUCCAGCUGGAACAUGACCAGUGUUGUCAACACACAUAAGAUGUUCGACGGGGCAUUGUCUUUUCAGCAAGACUUGUGCGAAUGGCAAACAAAGCUGUCUACAGAGGCAUCUGUUUCGGGCAUGUUUUCUGGAACAAAUUGCACUUUUGAUGAAAAUGGUGGUACUCCCCAAUUGUUGAAUGAUUAUUGGGCUGAUCUCUGUUCUCAAUGUGUUAUUCCUUCGGAUUCACCUUCUGCACUGCCAUCAAGCAGCCCAAGCAAGAGCAGCAGCCCAAGUAUGCAUCCCUCUACAACCACCAAUCCAUCAAGUAUCCCAUCCAGCCAACCCAGUAUUUCCCCUAGUAGCAUACCAUCAAGUUGGCCAACCAAGCAACCCAGCAAACUUCCCACCCAGAGUCCCAGUAUGAAUCCAACCACAGAACCAUCAAGCAACCCAAGCUCACCUCCAUCAACAAGUGGCAGUCCCAGCAGUUCUCCUUCAAGAUUCUGUUUUGAUUCCCGUACAACGCUUCUGGAAAAACUGGAUAACAUUGCAGAGGCCGAGCUAGAGUAUGGUCCAAUCUACAACUGGUGCUUCCAUGAAAUGUCCUUUGAGCAGCUUUUUAGCACUCAACGAUAUGACAAUGCUAGUGCCUUCAACUACGAUAUUGGUGGAUGGGAUGUUAGUCAAGUUGUGAGUUUUCAGAAUAUGUUUUACGGUGCCUCAAGCUUUGACCAGGACAUUUCAGGAUGGGCCACCAGCAAGGUGGCAAGUCUUGCCAACAUGUUCUAUGGAGCUAGUUCUUUCAAUAAAGCAUUAUCUGACUGGGAUGCGAGUAAGGUGCAAGGGAUGGGAAACAUGUUCCGUGGAGCCACUGCCUUUGACCAGGACAUUUCCAGCUGGGAUACAAGUAAUGUUGUUUCUAUGCUCAACAUGUUCAAUGGAGCCAGCUCUUUCAACCAAGAUGUGUCAAGUUGGGAUGUGACCAGUGUCACCGAUGUCAAAGGCAUGUUCAACCGUGCACACACGUUCAAUCAAAACUUGUGUGCAUGGAAGUCAGACUUAUCUGUGGAUGCACUUAGUUGGGGUGUCUUCCUUUAUACUGAUUGUCCUGAGGCUGUCACUCCAUCCAAUGAUGGCACUAUUUGGACUGAUCUUUGCUAUGCAUGUUAGACAAGCAAGUCCACACCACAAUCUCUCCAUUUAUUACACCCACAAUAACAGAAGAAAGCACCAAGCAGAUUCAUUCAACUCCAUAUCACACAGCAACACUGGAAACCUCCCAUUGAGGGCCCAAACAACAACACAAAAAACACGAACAGAGAAACAGACACAGCACCCACAAAUGCAUACCAGUAGUAGCCAACUUUGCUUGCAAGGAAAGGAGUUAUCCAUUGCCUUGCUGUUGAGCCUUUGAUGGGCCAAAAAGCAGAAGAAAAGUAUACUAAAAUAGUGAACUCUGAAGAAAAAGACACGAAACAACUGAACCUAUGCUCCGCAUCCUC